GCGCGGGCUGGGCCGCAGGCCGCUGUCAGUGGCUCGGGGGCCCCGGGCGCGAUGCGGCUGCUGCGGGCCCUGCUGGGGAAGGCGGCGCGGGCCGCCGGGGCCCCGACCUACAUCGAGCACUUCAGCAAGUUCUCGCCCUCGCCGCUCUCCAUGAAGCAGUUCCUGGAUUUCGGGUCCAGCAAUGCCUGCGAGAAAACCUCCUUCACCUUCCUCCGCCAGGAGCUGCCUGUCCGGCUGUCCAACAUCAUGAAGGAGAUCAACCUGCUGCCAGACCGGGUCAUCAGCACACCCUCGGUGCAGCUGGUGCAGAGCUGGUAUGUUCAGAGCCUGCUGGACAUCAUGGAGUUCCUGGACAAAGACCCUGAGGACCAAGGCACCCUGGGACAGUUCACGGAUGCCCUGAUCACCAUCCGUAACCGGCACAAUGACGUGGUGCCCACCAUGGCUCAGGGGGUGAUAGAGUACAAGGAGGCCUACGGGGAUGACCCCGUGUCCAACCAGAACAUCCAGUAUUUCCUGGACCGCUUCUACCUGAGCCGCAUCUCCAUCCGCAUGCUGAUCAACCAGCACAGCCUGCUCUUUGAUGGCAGCACCAACCCUGCUCACCCCAAGCACAUUGGCAGCAUCGACCCCCACUGUGACGUGUCCGAGGUUGUGAGAGAUGCCUACAACAUGGCCAAGCUGCUGUGUGACCAGUAUUACAUGGCCUCGCCCGAUUUGGAGAUCCAGGAGGUCAGCGCCAACAAUUCCAAGCAGCCGAUCCGCAUUGUCUACGUCCCGUCUCACCUCUACCACAUGCUCUUUGAGCUCUUCAAGAAUGCCAUGCGAGCCACCGUGGAGAGUCACGAGUCCAGCCUCCGACUCCCAACCAUCAAGGUGAUGGUAGCACUGGGUAAAGAAGAUCUUUCUAUCAAGAUGAGCGACCGAGGUGGCGGGGUUCCGCAGCGGAAGAUCGAGCGGCUCUUCAGCUACAUGUAUUCCACCGCGCCCACCCCCCAGCCCGGCUCGGGCGGGACACCCCUGGCUGGCUUUGGUUACGGCCUGCCCAUUUCCAGACUCUAUGCCAAGUAUUUCCAAGGGGACCUUCAGCUCUUCUCCAUGGAGGGUUUUGGGACAGAUGCAGUCAUCUACCUGAAGCUCUGGAGUCUCAGGGCUUGUCUGCAUCAGGGAUUUUUCGCUCUUUGCCAACGUUUUCAAAAAUAAAGAGGAGCCUAAUGUUAGGUGCUUUGGAAAAAUCCCAGAGCCUACGUAAUUCAAGAACGCACGUCCCAUUGACCUCAAACCCCAUUGGAGGCAUAUUAGCCUGGUUGAAGCAUUUCAGCUUUCUUGACUUGUGGGAGUUCAAUAUAUUGGAAGUGGCAUUGGCUGCAAACAGAGUCGGGGGUAUCUGCUUACCGCUGUUGUGCCAGAGUUUGCAGUUCUCUGUUGAUGCCCUGGUGCUGUCUUUUUCAGCACAGAUGAACAUUUUGGGUGUGAAACUUUAGUAGAAAAAAAAUCUUCGACAAACCUGAAAUUCUAUCACCAACCAGGAAGCUAAUUAAGGGAAGAUACAAAACAUCCACCUCAGCCAGUUAAAAUGGGGGGAAAGUAAAGAACCAGCAACACAUCAAAUAAAAAUGAUUAACAUUUUUAAAAACUGGGAUUUAGGUCAAUUAAAGAAACUCGUGGUUUUUAUUCACCCAGCUGUAGCUAACCUCAGUAUAUAGACACUCCCUUGAUGCAACUGCUCCUGGCUUCAGUCCAUAGCCGGUGCAUGGGCAGGGGAUCAGAAGUACUGCAUUCAGACCGACCCUCGUGCAAAAAUCCACAGAGACGUGAUUAAAAUCUUCCUUGUGGAGGGAGCCGGUGAGGCGUUAGAAGUAGAGCAGGUUGGAAGUUUUCCGACAAAACUCAGUGAAAUGUUUCACUGAUUCUGUUACAGAUUUGACAAAACUUUUAUUGAAACACAGGCAGGCUUCACUGCCUCUUCCCCCCCUCCCCCACCCCAAGCUCUGGGGGCCAGGCAGCCCCUUGCUGGCUCCUAGAGCUGGGGGGUUGGCAGAGAGACAGAGCCCUCUGGCUCUCUGCCCCUCCAGCAGCUGGGCUUGGAAGGCUCUUGUCAGUUUCACAGGUGAAAUUGACAAGAGCCUUCUCUGAGGGCAGCUGGGAAAAUUCCCUUUCAGGUGUCCCAAAAUGGAAUCUGUCUUUAAAUCCUUCCCUGUGAAAAAUUUCACGGACUUGACGUUUCAUCCCGAUGCGAGAUGAAACUUUUUCAGAAAUGUGAAAAUGUCCUUGGGAAAAGGAUUCCCUUUCUCAGCCAGCUCCAGUUAAAAGCCCUGGGGAAACAAAUGCAAGAUCUGACCUGCAGAGACUGCUUCCCCCCGGCCUGCCCCUCUCUGAAUGCAAACUGCAUUCCAACACACACACUUCCCCCAGCUUCGUGGCCAGGAAAUGGAGGCAAAGAAUCAUAGGGUUUGAGUAGCAGUCUUUAAUAUCAAACUCCUGUAUCAUGAAGGGAGCCUAGUAGUCAGAGCAGGAACCUGGGAGCCAGGACUCCUGGGUUUCUUGGAUGGAAGGCUUCAGAAGAGGGCAGAACUUUGCUGAUGCCCUGUGUCCGGAAGAAUUCCAAAGCACUUUACAGACUAACACGUGGCAUGAAAUCUGCCUUGAGUAGGGACCAGGCAGGAAACGGCAGAGGUUGGUCUUGAACCAUUGUCCAGAUUCUACCAGAUGUCUCCUAGGGAUACUUCCUAGUGGCUGGCCGUGCCAUUGGGAGGAUGCUUGGAGGCCAUGGGGCCUUGGGGCUACGAUUCACUGCAGAGAGAGCACUUCUCCUGUCCACUGACGUGCGGUUACCCACAGGCCUUGUCGACAGAGUCCGUGGAGAGG